AGCUUUAUUUUAUUAUGCACAGUCUUUAAUGGAAUUUUCUGUGUUCAAAUGUAACUGCUUUGCAGGAGUCUUCAUUACAGCCUCUGUGUCUUACGCAACGCCUUAUUUUUGUAACUGACACUGUGGGGAGGCUAAAAGUGGGAUUAUCCUGGAUUAUUUUUUGGAUAUAUGGAUUACCUCUGUACUAAGUGUAAUCAUUGUGUAUAGUAUACUUUUGUAACCAUGUAACGGGAAAUGAAUGCUGCAUUCACUUCUUCAAAUAAAUAUUAAGUAAAUUGGCUCCCAGUGUGUUUUCACAGCCCUGAAACUGAAUUGACCUUUUUCAAUUUAUAUAAUUUAAUGAAAGUAUGUACACUGAUGCAGAACCCAUCACAGAGGUGUAGGAUCAUCCCCUUUUAAAUGCGCCUGGUUCUUAUUUAUAUCCAUCAAUUGACAUUUGCGUAACUGCUCUUUUUUUGCUCGUUUUCUCUGUAUAUUUUGGACAUUUAUCUUCCAACCAUCCGAUGUCUAAUCGGAACAGCCACCCAUCUGCAUGAUCCCCCAGACACAGAAGGCUACAGCAGCCAGCUGUUGGAUUAUUGCCACAGCACUAUCUCAUCGGGGAAGGCGUGUCACUCUCCAAAUUACUCAGCGCCCCUUUGUCCUCGGUCGGUGCCCAGCCAGCGACACUCAUGGCGGCUGCACCCGUCAGGCAGCGCUCCGGGCCGGUGGGACCCCGGGCGCAGCUCCCGCCCUGCUACUACGAGGGAUACCUGGAAAAGCGAGGACCGAAGGAAAAGGCGGCCAGGCGACUGUGGACCUGUCUGUGCGGGAAUUCUUUGUAUUUCUUCAAUAAUGCCAAGGACAGUCAUUAUGUGGAGAAGCUGGACCUCAGUGGGUUUGUGUCCCUGAAGGACGACUGCAGCCGGGACAGAAACCUGGAGGCAGCCAGACUCAUCCUACGCAUGAAGGAUGGAGAGACCAAACUCACAGCACCUAACUUGGAAUCAAGAGAGCUGUGGAAAGGUUUCCUCUACUCCGUUGUAGAUCUGAAUGUGCCCUCCUGUCUCACGUUGCUGCCGGGCCAGCUGCAGAUGCUGAAGGAGAUGGUGGACAAAGAGAGGUCCAGGCGGAGAAAUCGCACUCCCACGCGUGCUCCUCCCUCGCCCCUCUCCGUGCCUUUAGUAGGAGAGAUCCCACCGUGUUUUCGACCGGUGUCUCGAACAGAGGCCGAGGUCCUUCUAGAGAGACACCCGGACUGUGGCAACAUGUUGCUCCGUCCAGGCAGAGAUGGAUGCUCGUUGGCCGUCACUACUAGGCAGGACCUCAAUGGGUCAGUGUUCAGACAUUACCGUGUGACUCAGAGGGAUCAAGGUGGUUAUGUCAUUGAUGUAGAAAACCCUAUCCCCUGUGCCACACUUCACGAGGUCAUCGACGCUCUGGUGGAGAAGACAGCGGGAACUCUGCAGCCUUUCCUGCUGGAGGAGCCGUACGAAGAGAAUAUCACAUACGUUUCCGCCAAUGAUGAGAACGGAGAAAGGAUCCUCCACACUGCCCCCUCCAGCCCCCUGCCAAAGGCUCCCGCCCUGCCUCCAAAACAGGAUCGUUGGCCCGGCAGCCCCCUGUCCAGGUCUCCGGCCCCCGACCGCCGCAUCCUGACCUCACCAGUGCCGGCUUCGCCCACCAACCCGAUGAGACGGCUCAUCCUCUCCCCUUCACCUCUCGCACAGACAUUCAAUGAGGAACUCAAAAUGAAGCUUGAGAAGAGACGAGCCAGUCAGGAGUGAUUCACUCAUAAGAAACAACCUCCUGUCACACCAUACUCAAUCUUCAGUGCCAAACCCUUUCUCACCACAGCUAUGUAUUUAUCCGGUGCCUUCUAGGUGGAAGACAAGGGACUACAAAUAUACAAAUACCGCCGCCUUCUUGUAGGGAGAUACAAAAUGUUGGACUUAGAUGGUUAAAUGAACUCUGGUUCGCUCCAUAAGAGCGAGAUUGGCUGGUAAACACUGGAUUAGGUUCAUAAAACCUCAUAAAGCGCAGCCUGCCUUGGUUGGGGUAACAAUCCACUAGUUCUUUGUCUACUUUCAUAAAGCUGUUUACAAAAGAAGUAGUGCCACAACAAAUGAUCUUCCUUCAGAUCAGAGUCCUCACUGAAUCAAUAUAUCUGGCAGCUAAACAAAAGCACUAACGCAUUCAGGACCACCAACUGAGCCAACUGAUGUUUUCUCGUCUGAGCCCAUGUCUGAGUGCUGAGCUGCUGAUGUUACUGCUGCAACACUGGAGACGAAGAACGAGCAAACCACAGACUGCCAAGAUCAACACUGGAGGCCUGAGACACUUUAUCUGCUCUGAAAAUAUACAUAACCGAGGAUUGCUCAGGUUUCUGCUCAAGCAAUUCUCCUCACUCACCUCAUCAUCAUCACAUGUAACGUGACUGUAAAAGAAAUAUUGUCUGUCACUGUCGAGCUGGCCCCAAUCUAAAAAAACUGCACAAUCUCUGCCUGCUGCUCAUGAGUGCUAUUUGUGAUUGAUAAGCAACUAUUAAUGUAUCGUUGAUUCAAUGACACUGUUGUGGCUCAUUUAUGACUCAACAUUAACCGUACUGUUGGUGCUUAUUUUAAAGUGUUUCCUUAUUCUCUCGUAUACUGUGUCCGUGCUACUGUGUAUGGUGCUACUGUGUAUGAUGCAAUGACUCACUGGUGCUCAGACCUGCCUGGAAACUCCAGGUGAUUUCUGUUCCUCUUCAAGCAAAUGAACUGUACUCUUAUGUGAGACUGCCCUCCAGUGGAAUGUCUGUCAACUAAAGGGACAGAAACCUUAUCAGCACAUCAGUCUUUACAAAGUACAAAACACUGAACCAGCCUCUUGGCUUCAUCACAGUGUUGUACCACUUGUCUGCCUUUGUAACACAAUUAUAAUUUCUUACAGGUCUGAAGGUGCUUAAACAUAACAGUAUGUGUUUCUAUAAUGACAUUUGUUACGCCAAUCGGCCAGUAGAUUUGUGGCAAACUGUGAUUGACUGACUCAUACGUGUCCUCGUAUGAUGAACAGUUUCCUGUAUGUUUGUACAUGAUGUGUCGUGUCUACUCGAUCGCUAUCAAAGAACAGUGUUUGUUAGAUAUCAGGGGCAUUAAAUGGUUUUGCAU